GGAUCGCACACACACACACGUUCCUCUCCUGCAGCCUCGUGCGGCAGAGAGUCUGAUGCCAUGACCGGGGACGUGUCCAUCCUCUGCUGAGAACCAUGCGCUGCCGGCUGAGCCCUGCUGGAAUGAACGGACGGGAAGGUGCUUUCAAGGGACUCACCUGUGGAUUUGCGCCGUCAGGAUGCCUUAUUUGACCAAACCUCUGAUUUUACUUCUGUGUCUGGUCAUUACCGGUGAAUGCCGUAAGCACGGCCACCGCGUGCGGAGAUGGACCGGUACCGUGGAGACCCAAAAGCACGGCACCUCCUUGGCAAAGAAGCCACCAGAUGUGACCAAGUCUCGCAAAAUGAAGACAGAGCAUUUACUCAAAGUAGAUGAUCAUGACUUCACUAUGAGACCAGCAUUUGGAGGUCCUGCAAUCCCUGUUGGAGUGGACGUUCAGGUGGAGAGCUUGGACAGCAUCUCUGAAGUUGAUAUGGACUUCACCAUGACCCUGUACCUGAGGCACUACUGGAAGGACGAGCGUCUGUCGUUCACCAGCAGCACCAACAAGAGCAUGACGUUCGAUGGUCGUCUGGUGAAGAAGAUCUGGGUCCCCGAUGUCUUCUUUGUCCAUUCCAAGAGGUCCUUCAUCCAUGACACCACCACCGACAACAUCAUGCUGCGUGUCUUUCCUGAUGGACACGUCCUCUACAGUCUGAGAGUGACGGUGACAGCAGCCUGUAACAUGGACUUCAGCCGCUUUCCCCUGGAUUCCCAGACCUGCUCACUGGAGCUGGAGAGCUAUGCCUACACAGAUGAAGACCUGAUGUUGUACUGGAAGAGCGGCGACGAGUCCCUCAGCACUGAUGAUCGCAUCUCUUUAUCACAGUUCCUCAUCCAGAAGUUCCACACAACAUCUCGCUUGGCCUUCUACAGCAGCACAGGAUGGUACAAUCGUCUCUACAUCAACUUCACGUUGCGACGCCACAUCUUCUUCUUCUUGCUGCAGACAUACUUUCCUGCCACUCUCAUGGUGAUGCUUUCAUGGGUGUCAUUCUGGAUCGACCGUCGGGCUGUGCCGGCCAGAGUUUCCCUGGGCAUCACCACAGUGCUGACCAUGUCCACCAUCAUCACUGGUGUGAAUGCAUCCAUGCCCCGGGUGUCCUAUAUCAAGGCGGUGGACAUUUACCUCUGGGUCAGUUUCGUCUUUGUCUUCUUAUCUGUGUUGGAGUACGCCGCUGUCAACUACCUGUCCACCGUCCAGGACCGCCGAGAGCGCAAGAUGAGAGAGAGGGCACGAUCUCAGUCACUGCCCUGCACCUGCGGCAUCUCCCAGACACGAACCAUGACCAUGUUAGACGGUACUUACAGCGAGGCAGAUACCAACAGCCUGGCUGGCUACACUGAGGAGCCCAUGGUCCCCGAGGAGGAACAGGAAGAGAUGCAUGAGGUUCCAGAGAAACCUGAACACAUGGUGGUCCACCUGUCAGUCAGCAGCGAGUCCACCACUACCAAGAAGAAAAAGAGCUUGCGUGCCCUCAACAUCAUCCAGAACACGCAUGCCAUUGACAAAUACUCCCGGAUGAUUUUCCCUGGCUCAUACAUCUUCUUCAAUCUUAUCUAUUGGUCUGUGUACUGCUGAAAGACGCUCACCAGUCAGGACUAAGGCAAGACAAUAUGAAUGCUGCAUCAAAAUGGGAUAUUUCCUGACAAAUUAUCAGAGUGAUAUUGUACUGUAUGUCUGGUGCUGGUAGAUCAUUAGGUUUAAGGCCUUGGACUGUAAAAGAGUCUGAAAAGAUACGUUUUCUUAAGUUCAUUGAGACUUUAGGACUAAUCGGAGCACUCGUUUUUGAUUUUUUUUUCCUCAUGCAGCAGUUUGAAUGUCCAGUAAUGCUCUAAACUAAAACAUAGAAAAACACUUAUUUAAAUAGUGUUUUUAAACUAUUGAUGCUAAUUCUCUCAGUCUUUUUCAGCUUCCUUAACUGUCCUCAUCACUGCUGUUCCUGAGAUGACGCUGGCUCAGUUUUUGUAUUUGGGAUGUAAAAUUGAUAGAUAAGGAUAAUUUCCACUUGUCCAUGUCCAUGCUGUGAGAUACAGGUUUCUGUAUCAUGUAUUCAUUGGUUGAUUUAUAACUUCAUAGCCAUAAAGUUUCUAGACCCAUUAUCUGUCAGUCGUGACUUCUUAAUUAUUAUUGAAGUAACAAACUUUGACCAUAUUUUCUUAAGCCUGUUAUCUCAAAAAAUGAUGUUAUAACUUAAUGUUCAAAAAUCACCUAGACAAAGAGUGUACAGCCAUUUUAGCAGUUCUGUGAGGCUAUAUUUAAUUAUGCUGUGAAUUAAAUGCUAAUGUCAGCAUGCUAACAUGCUCAUGUUGACAUUGUGACAAUGUUUACCAUGUUCACCAUCAAAGAUUUGCUAAACACAAAUCACAGCUGAUGCUGAUGGGAAUGUCAUUAGUUUUGCUGGUGAUUUAUCAAAACCCUGAGUAUUAGAAAAAUUCAUACUCUGAUCUAAUAAUGGUGCCAAAGUGAAAACUUCAGAUCACCAAAGUGAUUACAACCCAUUCUGUGGAGAACAUGAAUGUAUGUACCAAAGUUCAUGUCAACCUGCUAAUGGUUGGGAAGUAAGGUGAUUCAUUAUGUGAAAGUCAUUAUGGUUCAUCUUCAGCAGAUCUGGAAUGUUUGUACCACAAUGUCAGGGUAAUUAAGCCCCCAGUUGUCAAGAUAUUCCAGUAUCCAUAUUCAGUUAUAAAAAAUGUCAACCUCAAGGUGAUGCUGGAAGCAGAUCCAGCUGAGAUUGGGCGAGAGGUGGGGUACACACUGGACAGAUCACCAGUCUAUCACAGGGCUGACAUGUAGAGACAAACAACCAUUCACACUCACAUUCACACCUACGGAUGAUUUAAAGUCAUCAAUGAACCUGCAUGUGUUUGGACUGUGGGAAAAAGCUAGAGUACCUAUAGGCACAGGGAGAACAUGCAUGCUUUAUUUAAGGAUAAAACAGUGUUGAGUCAAAGUCAAAGUGUUGAGUCAUGUCAAGUCAGUGUAGCACUGUAUCACAACAGAAGUUAUCUCAGGGCUCUUUUCAUAGAAAGCAGGUCUAGACUGUACUCUAUAAUAUUCAGGCAGUGCUGCCAUUUGCCUCGACUGUUGAGAAAGGGAGGUGGUGGUGGGGGUGGGGCUUAGUAGCAGUGAGUAAAUUUAUCAAUUGAGUUAAGAUUUUGAGGUGACAGGCCUAAAAAAUAUUAACAGCUAUGGCCAAUCCCAAGUUCUGAAGGAUUUAACAUGCAAAUUGUAUUGAUUUGAUUGUCAUAUGGUCACACUGUUUUGUAUUAAGACUACAAUGACUUUUUGAGAAAGUGGCCUUUUGGUAAACUUUUGUGGCAAGGUCAUUUGCACAACACUGGAUUACUUAAAGGACCAUUUAAUUUUAGUGUUAGUUGCCUUAGCAUGUGACACAGAUAUGUACCAGUGACUGAAGAACCACAUGUGACUGUGGUGAUACUUAUAUAUAUCCAAUAAGUUAAAGGUUUUAUGGACAUUGGACAUUUUCUCCUAAGGUAACUGUAGUGACUUAUCCUCAUCAGCAAAGAAAAUGAACAGAAGCUGUCUUAAUACAGUGAUACACCAGCAACACCACUGAUGAAUGCAGCCAUUCAUUCAGUGUCAUUUCAGAGGGAAUGAUUUAUCUUGUAUUUGACAUGUAAAGUUAAGUAGAAGUGGAACAUGGACAGCUUUUUGUCCAUGUUGCACUUACUGACCAGAGUUGAUGUGAGUGUCCCUGAACUUCCUUACAAACGAACAUGCCUGGUGAUACGUUAAUUGCACUUCUUAAUAUGUGAACACUAUGACCUGACAGUGACUCGAACAAUGUGACUCGUGUGUGUCUCAUUUAGAGUGUUUGCACAUGACUUCUUGGCUAGGUUCAUUCGUGAAUCUAAGUGAUGAUGAAAACAGUUCCCCAGACCACCAAAGCUAUGUUUGUUCAUCAUGUGUGUGCAUACAGAAGAGAAAAUGUUGCGUAGAGAACCAGGAUUUUUGUUUGUUUGUCUUGGUUUUCAUGGCUUCUUGCAUCAUUAUUUGUGAAAAGCUGAAGCACAUUACUGGGGUUUUCUGUCCAUGAGUAUGACACUGUUCCAUUUGGUCAAAUUUGAACAAGAUUAAACAUCCUUUAUUUUAUUAGCAUUCAUUGGAAUAUAUAAAGGCUAACAAACUAAUGAUUGUUCUGAUGCAUCAUCAUCACUGUUUAAAGAAUUUAAAGGUUUUACUAACUGAUAUAUACUAAUUUGUCAAAUAAUAUGGACAGAAAGCCAGUAUUAUUUUUUAUCUUUUU